UCCGUGCGUACGUGCGCGAGCCGCGCCCGCCCUCCAGCAACCGCGCGACGCGAGGGUGGGGGAGCUGCGUGCGCGCGCGCUCUCGUUCGUUCGUUCUCUAGCUUGCUCGUUCUCGGCGGCGGCUCUCGCUGCGGCUGCGGCUGGGGCUGGGGGCGGCGGCGGCGGCGGCGGCGGGCGGCGCGGGGCGGUCCGGCGGGUUCAAAGAGGAAAACAUGGCGGAAAACAAAGGCGGCGGCGAGGCUGAGAGCGGCGGCGGGGGCAGCGGUAGCGCGCCGGUAACUGCCGGGGCCGCCGGGCCCGCGGCGCAGGAGGCGGAGCCGCCUCUCGCCGCGGUGCUGGUGGAGGAGGAGGAGGAGGAAGGCGGCAGGGCCGGCGCGGAGAGCGGCGCGGCCGGGCCCGACGACGGGGGGGUGGCCGCGGCCUCCUCGGGCUCGGCCCCAGCUGCUUCAGCCCCUGCAGCCUCAGUGGGCCCUGGAGUUCCCGGGGGGGCGGUAUCGACGCCAGCCCCAGCUCCGGCCUCGGCUCCUGCUCCGGGUCCCUCGGCGGGGCCGCCUCCUGGACCUCCAGCCUCGCUCCUGGACACCUGCGCCGUGUGUCAGCAGAGCCUGCAGAGCCGGCGUGAGGCGGAGCCCAAGCUGUUGCCCUGUCUUCACUCCUUCUGCCUGCGCUGCCUGCCUGAGCCCGAGCGCCAACUCAACGUGCCCAUCCCGGGGGGCAGCAACGGCGACAUCCAGCAAGUUGGUGUAAUACGGUGCCCAGUAUGCCGCCAAGAAUGCAGACAGAUAGACCUCGUGGAUAAUUAUUUUGUGAAAGAUACAUCUGAAACUCCUAGCAGUUCUGAUGAGAAAUCAGAACAGGUGUGUACUAGUUGUGAAGACAAUGCAAGUGCGGUUGGCUUUUGUGUAGAGUGUGGAGAAUGGCUUUGUAAGACGUGUAUUGAAGCUCAUCAGAGAGUAAAAUUCACUAAAGAUCACUUGAUCAGGAAGAAAGAAGAUGUCUCAGAGUCUGUUGGAGCAUCUGGUCAGCGUCCUGUUUUCUGCCCUGUACACAAACAAGAACAGUUGAAACUUUUCUGUGAAACAUGUGAUAGACUGACAUGUAGAGACUGUCAGCUAUUGGAACACAAAGAACAUAGGUAUCAGUUUUUGGAAGAAGCUUUUCAAAACCAGAAAGGUGCAAUUGAGAAUCUACUAGCUAAGCUUCUUGAGAAGAAGAAUUAUGUUCAUUUUGCAGCUACUCAGGUGCAGAAUAGGAUAAAAGAAGUAAAUGAGACUAACAAACGAGUAGAACAGGAAAUUAAAGUGGCCAUUUUCACCCUUAUCAAUGAAAUUAAUAAGAAAGGAAAAUCUCUCUUACAGCAGCUAGAGAAUGUUACAAAAGAAAGACAGAUGAAGCUAUUACAGCAGCAGAAUGACAUCACAGGCCUCUCCCGGCAGGUGAAGCACGUCAUGAACUUUACGAACUGGGCAAUUGCAAGUGGUAGCAGCACAGCGCUACUGUACAGCAAGCGACUGAUUACUUUUCAGUUGCGCCAUAUUUUGAAAGCACGAUGUGAUCCUGUCCCUGCUGCUAAUGGAGCAAUACGCUUCCAUUGUGACCCUACCUUUUGGGCAAAGAAUGUAGUCAAUUUAGGUAAUCUAGUAAUAGAGAGUAAACCAGCUCCUGGUUAUACUCCUAAUGUUGUAGUUGGGCAAGUUCCUCCAGGGACAAACCACAUUAGUAAAACCCCUGGACAGAUUAACUUGGCACAGCUUCGACUUCAGCAUAUGCAGCAGCAAGUGUAUGCACAGAAACAUCAGCAGUUGCAGCAGAUGAGGAUGCAGCAGCCACCUGCACCCGCACCAACAACAACAGCAGCAACACAGCAGCACUCCAGACAAGCAGCCCCUCAGAUGUUGCAGCAGCAGCCUCCAAGAUUGAUCAGUGUGCAAGCAAUGCAAAGAGGCAACAUGAACUGUGGAGCUUUCCAAGCCCAUCAGAUGAGAUUGGCGCAGAAUGCUGCCCGAAUACCAGGGAUACCCAGGCACAGCGGCCCUCAGUAUUCCAUGAUACAGCCACACCUCCAAAGACAACAUUCAAACCCAGGGCAUGCUGGACCCUUUCCUGUUGUGUCAGUACAUAACAACCCAGUCAAUCCAACCAGCCCUACUACAGCUACUAUGGCGAAUGCAAAUCGAGGUCCCACCAGCCCAUCUGUUACAGCAAUAGAAUUAAUUCCCUCAGUUACCAAUCCAGAAAACCUUCCAUCGCUGCCAGAUAUUCCACCUAUACAGUUGGAAGAUGCUGGUUCAAGUAGUUUAGAUAAUCUACUAAGUAGAUACAUCUCAGGCAGUCACCUACCCCCACAGCCCACAAGCACCAUGAAUCCCUCCCCAGGACCCUCUGCCCUAUCUCCAGGAUCAUCAGGUUUAUCCAAUUCUCACACACCUGUGAGACCCCCUAGUACUUCUAGUACUGGUAGUCGAGGCAGCUGUGGGUCAUCAGGAAGAACUGAGAAGAACAGUCUUAGUUUUAAGUCUGAUCAAGUGAAGGUCAAGCAAGAACCUGGCACUGAGGAUGAAAUAUGUAGCUUUUCAGGAGCUGUGAAACAGGAGAAGACUGAGGAUGGCAGACGGAGUGCCUGCAUGUUGAGCAGUCCUGAGAGUAGCUUGACACCACCUCUUUCAACCAACCUGCAUCUAGAGAGUGAGUUGGAUGCAUUAACAAGCCUGGAAAACCAUGUGAAAACUGAACCUGCAGAUAUGAAUGAAAGCUGCAAACAGUCAGGGCUCAACAGCCUUGUUAAUGGAAAGUCCCCAGUUCGAAGCCUCAUGCACAGGUCAGCACGGAUUGGAGGAGAUGGCAGCAGCAAAGAUGAUGACCCAAAUGAAGAUUGGUGUGCUGUCUGCCAAAAUGGAGGGGAUCUCUUGUGCUGUGAAAAAUGUCCAAAGGUCUUUCAUCUAACUUGUCAUGUUCCAACACUUCUUAGCUUUCCAAGUGGGGACUGGAUAUGCACAUUUUGCAGAGAUAUUGGAAAGCCAGAAGUUGAAUAUGAUUGUGAUAAUUUGCAACAUAGUAAGAAGGGGAAAACUGCACAGGGCUUAAGCCCCGUGGACCAAAGGAAAUGUGAACGUCUUCUGCUUUACCUCUACUGCCAUGAAUUAAGUAUUGAAUUCCAGGAGCCGGUUCCUGCUUCGAUACCAAACUACUAUAAAAUUAUAAAGAAACCAAUGGAUUUAUCCACCGUGAAAAAGAAGCUUCAGAAAAAACAUUCCCAACACUACCAAAUCCCAGAUGAUUUUGUGGCUGAUGUUCGUUUGAUCUUCAAGAACUGUGAAAGGUUUAAUGAAAUGAUGAAAGUUGUUCAAGUUUAUGCAGAAACACAAGAGAUUAAUUUGAAGGCUGAUUCAGAAGUAGCUCAGGCAGGGAAAGCAGUUGCAUUGUACUUUGAAGAUAAACUCACAGAGAUCUACUCAGACAGGACCUUCGCACCUUUGCCAGAGUUUGAGCAGGAAGAGGAUGAUGGUGAGGUAACUGAGGACUCUGAUGAAGACUUUAUUCAGCCCCGCAGAAAACGCCUAAAGUCAGACGAGAGACCAGUACAUAUAAAGUAAAAUGACAUGAACAUAAACCAGUUGUUCAAAAAAGAAAGAAAAACUUCUAUUUAAGUGUUGCUGGAAUAUCCUGCCUACAGUGGGCUCCUUCUUGAAGAAGCUGAUAGCUUUUACACAGUAUUAGAUUGAAAUAAUGGACAGAAAACACAUUCUGGUCAAGAAAGGGGGAAAGGACUCUAUUUGCAACUUUAAAAGUAAAAACAAAAGUGAAAGUGAAAUGAUUUGAAGAUUUCUGUUACUCAGAGAAUGGUUCUGAUUGCUAGAAUGGGCUGAUGUUGAUCAUUUGGUAUUGAUUGGUGCAAAUACUGAGUGUUCAAGUACUUAAGGGUCAUGUCACUGGUUAAAUUGUCUCUUUGGACUAGAGUGCACAUUUACUAAAACAACUUUCAUGUCUCUCCCUUCACACAUAUACAAUACUGGGUUAUUUUCUAGUCAAAAAUCAAAGUUCUCAGAUUCCACUUUGAUAUUAGUGCAGAUGUGCAUUGGAUCAUGCCAUUAUAUUUUCUCUUGUUUUGAUGCUGUUGGGCCUUAGUUUUUAUAUUGGUUUAAAGAAUUCAACAGUAGUUUUAUUUUCUGUUCAUACUUAAAGAAUUUGGGAAACAUGCCCAUUGAUCAUCAUUUAAUCAAUUCUAGUGUUCUACUGAAAUAAAUAUGGUAACUUUUCAGUAGCAGAUCAUUUAUAAUAGUCAUUUACAGAAAACACUUCCACAGAAUUGCACUUCCCAAUCAAAUCAUCUGAUCACACAUUUAUUCCCAUGAAAGGUAGAAUGGUUGUUUGAAAAUUAAUCUAGUUUUCUGUACAUUUAAAAUUUUGAUUGAGGUGACAGCUGGCUCUUACCCCGUCUUCCUUCAUAUCGGUUUUCUGAUAGACCACUAUUGGCAAACAGUUAUCUGUCAACUACCAAAUGUGUAAAAUUUUCUGUAUUUCACUUUGUCUUAUUUGUAAAUAGUGAACUAAAACUUCUGGCAGAUCAGCAACAUUUGCUGAGCCUGUUUUUUAAGCUAAUAUGUAUUCUUACUAAUGUUCCUAUCAAGAAUGGAUUUGUAAUAUAUGCUGUCUAUUUCUAAUGUUCACAUGCAUAUUUUGAGGUUCUAUCUUAUUUUAAUAGAGAACAGACUUCUCAGAAAAUCUUCAGAAGCAGCUUAUUAUUAAAAUAUCGAAAUAUUGAAAUAAACCCGGUGGGGUUAGAUUACUCAUCCGUCCACCAAGUGGGACAUUUGCAUGGACUAGGGGCUUUAAGGACUUAGAACAGACCUGUAAGUAUAUCCUGAAGAUGAGCCGAUCAAAUCCCCACUUGAAUGGUUACUGGAGUAGACCCACCUUCACUACCCUGAUUUUAGCACCCGAGGCAGAUAAAAUCACCUUGGCUCUGUUCAUUUUUCUUCUCUUCAUUUGUGAUGCUCAGAUCCAAGAUGUAUGUUCUAGACUGUGUACAGGCUUCUCUUUUGUUGAGUUAAAAAUUUUAGUCCUACUUUUGUAUGGACAUAUUAGAAUGUAAAGUGACCAAAAUAGAAGACUUGCCAUUAGAUAUUUUUCAGAUGUCAGCAGAUUUGUGGCAAAUCAUUUGCCUUUUUAAAAAUUCAGCUUAAACAGUUCAGACAGUAGACUACUCAGAAAAACUUAUUUGACAUAAUUGUCUAAGAGGUAAAUAUUUUUUAGUGCGUAUUGAAUCAAAUAAAGUGCUCUAAAGAAGUUAUUACGCAAAUUUCUUUGGGUUGUUUUUCUUUAUCAUGUGGUGGGGGUAAACAUGAAUAUGAUUCAAGCCUUCUAAUGGUGUAUUACUUUUAUUAUUGCUGUUGACUUCAUUCUGUGGCUUUCUUUUAGCUUUUUCAGUUGUUAUAAGUUAAACUUUAAAACAUAUAUCAAACUUACCAAUUUACUCAAAUUUCAGAUUCUUCAGAACAGAUUUCUUAUAAAAAGGAAAAAUUAUUAUUUUAAAAUACUUUUAUCUAUGUGCAUUUUCCUCUUCCCUACAACAUUAAUGAUUUCCGUUUAUCAGGAGACUUACCUAAGGGCACAUUUUGGGAAGUGAUCAGUAGCAAUGUAACUUCAUUUUGCCAAGCCAUUGAGUUCUGAUAGUUUGUGCUUGCUCUUCAUGUGAAUCCUUUUCAUGGUCUUAGAUAACACGUUCUACCAGAAACAGAUUGUAAGUAAAAUAUUUGAUAUUUGGGGCCUUAAAAGCUAAUGUGUUUCCUUAAAGACAGUUACAUGUUAGAUGGAGAUUUUGGUUUUUAUUUUCUUUUAAUAUUGGUUCUUCAAAAGCCACUUAUUGCCAGCAUUUAAUAGGUUCCAUUUCUGUUAACAGAAGGUAGGUUCAUACUGAUGAGGAAUUACUUUUCAAUUAUAUAACUUAUCAACAAACCACCAUUAUAUGAAAGUAUUCACUGUAGAUUUCAUUAAACCUUUUUUUCUUUCACAUUUUAUCAUUCAUUGUGUUUCUAAGCUGAUUUGUUCACUAAAUGCCUGUUAAAGUAUAAAAAAUUUAUAUUCAGAUAUCUUACAUUUUCCUAUUCAUUUAUGUUUUAAAAAGACAAACAGUGAAUAUCAAUCCCUGAAGUCAGUUUGUUUUAAUACUCCCUUAAAAUUGUAUUCUUUGUUAAAAGGUAGUAUUUUUGAUUUGAAGAUGUUAAAUGUUUCCUUAAAAGCUUGCAAACUUGCACCGCAGUUCAUUUUUCAUUUCCACUAAGAACAAAGUGUUCCUGGGUCUGUUCCUCUGGCCUGAAUUUGCAUUUUUUAGCACCUGGCUCAGCUGAUCACUGAGUGAGAACUGCUUUGCGAGGGGAAAGCGUGUGUGUUCCCGAGUGUGGUUCAGUUGUAGGUCAGGCUCUACCGAAACAUCAGAUCAUUACCAGAGAGAGGCUAAGGCAUUGAAUCCACUGUCAAAAUUAUUCUUUUUGGAAUCAACAAGGUACUUUGUGACUUCUAUUCUUAUAUAAGGAAAUUUUAAAUAAAUUUUAAAGUUAGUUAAUGCUAAUUUUUUUGUUACAACAUUGAGAUUUUUAGUUACUCCAAAGAAAUAACACUUUUAAAUAGAAGCAAAAGGUUUAUAGCGUGCAAAUUGUAGAUUUAUCAAUUACCUCAGCAGGUAACCUGCCAUGUAACUAUGAGUGAUUAGUUUUAAUAAGCCAGUAGACUUAGGUUUUUGGACUAUGCUCUUGGGUUGUGGCCUAUCAUCCAUUAUUCUCUUCGUAUUUAAAAUGGAGUAAAUGCUGUGGCCCAUUCUCCCUUGGCCUUUUAAUAUCCCUUACCCAUGCCCACUAAUAUACAACACAUGAAGUAUUAAAAAAUGUCAUUUCUUGAGGUCAGCACUGCUUAUUUGCAUACUUAACAUUGGAUCAGUGAACAGUUUUAUAGUAGUCUACCCUCCCCAACUUCCGUAAUUCAAACAAUCAAGUUCUUAAGUCAUGCCAUGAAUUCUUAACUCAUACUGUCCUAUAUUAAUAAUCUGCUGGAGGUGAUCCAAGGUGUAAGGUGAAUCACAACUUGAUCAUCAUAUACCAGACCUGGAUAUUUUAUUUCUCACAGUUAUCUUCUUGAUAAAGCAAUAACACUGCUUUAAGUCUGUUGCCUAAUAGCAUGUCAUAAUCCUCUCGUGGAUGGUGAUUUUAUAGGAAAGUUUGUAUGCAUAUCACCCAGUCUAUCUUUUAAAAAUUAAGGAAUUUAAAUGUAUGCUGGACCUAAUGACAAUAUAUUGUGGCAUUUUAUUUUAAAAAUUGGGGAAAGUUGCAUAUUUUUUUAAAAGUAGGCGUUUGAGUAAAAAAAUCGAAGGUACUUUUUUAAGAAAAUUUAUAUGCCACAGUUUACAUAGACAUUUCAGAUUUCAACAUAUACUCUUGAUAUAAUGGUUUCUUUUACUUGGUCAAAAUGCACAUAUAGUAUUUCUUCCAUCUUAGUUCCUUGUGUUUGCCUUUGUGGUCUUUUAUAUAUUUUUAUUGUAUCUGAGAAACAAAAUUAUCUUCAAAAAUAAGUCAAUUUGGAAAUAUUUAUUAUAAUCAAACUACAAAAUGUACAAAAUUAAGUUUAGCCCUUUUCUAGCAAGUGAUCUUUAAAGUUAAAAAUGCUGUUCUUUUAAAUUCUCCAGAUUUGUAUGUGGGAAGGCACUGAAAUGAUCUUGCAAGUGCCACUGCAAUAUUCCCUUUCAAGUGUGGCCUAAAUUUCAAUCUUAAGAACGAAAUGCAUGUCUGCUCCUGGUCUGAAAAAUGUAGGCAUUAACUAUAUUUUAAAUCACAGUGAAACAUGUAUAUAAGCCUAUAACAAGAAAACUUGUGCAAUUUGAAAGCCUUUUGAUUUUCUGUGUAGACACACCUGCACACGAAAGGGUUAAAUUCACAGCCUUACUAGUCCCUUGUCUCCCCUCUUUAUUAUUCCCCUCUUCUCUCCCCUCAUUAUUAUUACUAAUACUACAGUUACUUUUUUUUGCACAUAGUUAACUACCCUUCAAUAUGAUUCUGAAAGAAAAAGUGCUGUUUCUGUGGUAUUGUAUUCUCUAAAUAAUCAUAUUUAAUUUUUUUGAAACAAGGUUGCAGUUUCUAAUUGUUCUGUUCCUGUGUUUUUUGCUGGUGUGUAAUAAAAGCAAGAUUUUCUUUUCAUGGUUAUUUAAUACAUUAGCUGCCUGUAAAUAUUUCUUGUUAUAAUGCUCUGGAAUGUGUUGUAGAAGUUGUAUUAGAUCAGUUUAAAACCUUGUUUGAAAGCCACAUUGUUUUGGUUAUUUCUAUUAAAUUAGAAAAUUGAAAAAGUUU